AGCUGAAAAAUACCUCAACAUGCUUCUUCCCUGAACACCUCCCUUGUUUCCUGUAUAUAUAUAUAUAUAUAUGACCAACAAUAUUAUUUAUCCUCCCCCACAAACUCAGUUUUGAAUGCCAUGGAGCUCAAGUCUACCAUCACCACCAUCUUCUUUCUCUUCCUUCUCCUCUCCUUGCCUUACUUUUCAACAGGGGGAUCCGAGGUGGAUUUGGAGGUUUAUCAGAUUGAUUACAGAGGUCCGGAGACCCACUCAUCAACCCCUCCGCCCGAUCACUCUCAUGGAAAGCCUUUGAUUCAUCGAAAAAGUUCCUUGGCACCUCGCAAAUCCAAGGGCUCGAGGGGUACUGGUAAUAUAGGAGAAAAAGCCAAGAAAAUUCAUGGAUAAGGAGUUUUGGAAGUGUAAAGAUUGUUUCAGUUCAUGAUCUUAUAGAUAUUAGGAGUCCAUUGAGAAGGAGGAAUGUAAGGCAUUAUAUAUAUUCUAUUAUAUAUGCUUUCCCUCUAUGUGGUAAUUAAUUGUUUAAAUGAGGGCUGUGUGAUCUUUGUUUGGAGUUUAAUUGAUAAUUGUAACUUUUAUUUACUAGUAAUUAAUUGUUCUUUAAAUUGCUUUGACUCGGUCAAAA